AUUACAGAUUUUAACUCUUCUGUGAACACUGGAGGUUUGUCUAAGCUCAAGAGGAAACUGUCCUGAGUUUUAUUUAGAUAUUUAUCAUCUAAAAACGUCACAGUUUUUCUCGUAUAUCCGGACUUUACGCUGCUGCAGUAAAUCGGCUGUGCGCCUCUGCUGCGUCUCUUACGGCCACUCAAAGUUACUGUAAAAAGUAUUUUAAUUAUCAGUAAAGUCAAGCAGUGAAGAGGAGACGUUAUGUCUACGUGCAUGGAUAUAGUUGAUUAAUAGAGACUGGCUUCUAGUUUCUUCCACACUAUCCAGGAUACAACGGCUGUCGUGGAGGGUUUCCCAGUCUUGUGUGGGAUGUUAUCGGACUGGUGGAGCGUUGAGGCUGAAGGAGCAUGGUGAAACACCAACCCUUACAGGUCUAUGAGAAGCAGGUCUUUGUGUCCUUUGUCACUGGGGUCUAUGGUUGUCGCUGGAAACGCUACCAGCGCUCCCAAGACGACAGCUCCAGGUGGGAGUGUACAUGGUUCGUCCUCCUGUGCAGUUCUUUCCUUCUGCUGCUCUUCUGGGCUUACUUCUGGCUGGUGGCUCAAAAUGACAUCAACGAGUUCAACAUGUCGGUGUAUAACCACUCUGGAGAAUGGAGCGAUGAGACGAUCCCACUCCUGGCGUCCACCACCAUAGGAUUCAGCUACAUCACUUUCUUACUGAUGUUAGCUCUUUUCCACAUCUCUCUGGGCCAGCAGCUGAACCUCUACUGGGUUCACAAGAUUGGAGUGUUAGCGACGCUGCUGACCACCAUCUCUGGUAUCGUCUCUGUUGAUGACCUGUGGGCCGAUGAGUGGGACAUCCUGCUCGUAUCACUGCAGGCCACAGCACCUUUCCUGCACCUCGGAGCCCUGACAACAGUCACAGCCAUCAGCUGGUUGGUAGCUGGUUAUGUGGUCCGCAGAGAGAGAUCCACUUUCCAGGUGGUGGUGCUGCUGAUCUACACCCUCGUCCUCCUGGCUCUGUAUCUGGCUCCGCUCACGUUCACCUGCCCCUGCAUCAUGGACCGCCACAGCCUCACACAUCGACCUGAAGUCAUCGGUCGACGGGGAGCUCCUAUGCUGGCUCCAGAAAACACCAUGGUGUCCUUUAACCGAGCGCUGCAGCACGGAGCCAGCUCCCUGGAGGCCGACGUCAGCAUCAGUGUGGAUGGCGUCCCCUUCCUGAUGCGUGACAGCACCUUCAGACGAACCACAGACAUCAGUAAGGUUUAUCCAUCCAGACAGUACGAAGACGCCUCUUCCUUCAACUGGACAGAGAUCCGCUCUCUGAAUGCAGGACACUGGUUCCUGGAGAGCGACCCCUACUGGACAGCUAACACCCUGACAGAGAGGGACCGCGUCAGGAUAGCCAAUCAGUCAGUCUGCAGUCUGGUGGACAUGCUGCGCCUGGCGUCCAGGGCCAACAGCUCCGCCCUCCUCGACAUCCGCAGGCCUCCGCCGGAGCACCCCCGCCACCGGAGCUGGUUCAUGGACACGCUGUGGGCCGUGCAGAAAGCAGGGAUCUCCCAGAAGAGGGUGAGGACUGUGACGUGGACCCCCGACACGGACAGGGGGAGGGUGCGAGGGCUGCAGCAGGGUGCAAAUGAGAAGCUGUCCAUCAAAGAGAUAAGGCAGAGAGGAAUCACCAGCCUGAACCUCCACUACAGCAAGGCCCACCACAAAGACAUAGAGGAGUAUCUGGCAAAUAACGUGAGCGUGACUGUGUACCCGGUGAAUGAGCCCUGGCUCUACUCUCUGCUGUGGUGCAGCGGGGUGCCUUCUGUGUCCUCUGAUGCCCCCCAAGUCCUCCGAAAGGUGCCUUACCCCAUCUGGCUCAUGAGCCACCACGCUUACGACUUCAUCUGGAUCACUUCAGAUCUGGUCUCCAUAGCUGUGGUCAUAGGGAUCUUUUGUUAUCAGAAGUGGAAGAUGAGCGGGAUGCAGAACUAUAACCCUGAGCAGAUCAUGCUGAGCGCUGUGACACGUCGGACCAGUCGGGAAGUAAACAUCAUGAAGGAGAAGCUCAUAUUUUCAGAUAUCAACAAUGGACUGGGCAGUUCAGAGGAGCUCUCUCUGUAUCCUGAAAACGGCUACGCAAGAUAUUCUAACAGCAACAUCACUCGAUGAACACAUCUUCACUGGAACAUCUGCAUUACAGAUGUUGUUUGAUUUCAGAGUUUUAAUGAGUAGAUGUUAUGUUCUGGACAGAGGACACUGAUCUGUACGUCCACAGACUGUGAAAGUGAAACAGCAAGGACAUCAAAUAUUGUCCGGACAAUAACAGACAAUAUGCUCUGAUGACUCAGUGACAUAUCAUCACUUUCUUUUGUGCAAGUUUGAUAUAAUAUAUGUCUGAUGUUGUUGUGUGUUGGAUUUUUCUAACAUAAUGCAGAAGACUGAGACAGGCAUAAGACAGAAAAAGGGAGGAGGAUGAUUUUCUUUAAAUUGUUAAUGUGAAGAUCAUACACUACUUCAGAACUACAUUAAUUGUGCAUGUGUGUAAUUGUGUGAAAAAAUAUAUCAAAGGAAUAAGUUUUAAUAUUUUUCCAUUUCUAUAUUUCAUUUUUAAUUCCUCAAAAAAUGCAUCUUGAUCAAUCAUUUAAUUUCUCAUUCCUGGCUCUUCAACUGAGAGCGCAACAGUUCAACUCUUUCCUCGACCUUUUUACUUUAUCUCAAUAUUUUGACUUUAUUUAAAAAAAUUCAUAUUUGAAAAAUAUUCCAUCUCACAUUUUUUUCUCAUGCCUUUACUCUUUCACUAAUACUUCCUGUCUUGGACACAUACAAAAUAAAAGUUUACCACAAACCUUUAAAGGCAUGUUGUAACUAUCAGUGUUCUUAAAAGUUAGCAUGUAGCAUGUAGCAACAGGAAACCAGCAGUGACCUGUCAGUGUCAACAGUCUAUAAAACAGGAUUUGUUAGAUAAUAAACCUGAUUCAUUGUCGAGGCAAAAUGUAUAUUUCUGUUAUUGAAGCAUGUUUUGAAUCAGAAUUUAAAAACAUCAUUUUACAAAUAAAAAAAGGAGGGAAAAAAAUCAGUUUUAUGAAAUGAAAAUAAUAAGUUUGAAAGAGUAAAAAGUGUAAUUUUUUGUAUUUUUCUUGUAGGUCACUGUCGUUUCACAACAGAUGAUAUCAGCUGUGUGGUGUUCUGUAUCAUCAUGUAAAUAAGAGCUGUUUUUAUUUCUUGUUUUCGAUCUGGGAGGAUUUUAAAGGAUUUGGACGUAUCAUUUAUAUGUUUUUUGCAUUAAUAAUAUAUAUGACUGUCUUUUUUUCUUAUUGGUGUGACAAAGAUAAGGGCAAAUGUAAAAACUAAUUUUAUUGCUGUUUCCUGUGUGUAUUUGUGUGUGGGGGGAGGGGGGGAAUUGGGGGAUUUAAGAGUACUGGUCGUCAUGUUGUGGUUUUAAUCUUUGUCUCUGCCUCUUUUCUGUCAUGACUGAUUUAUUAUGUAGAUUUAAAGACGCUGUUUCAACGUUCACAUGGCUGCCUUUUUGUUUAAUCAUGGACAUAUUUCCCCCUUUGGGUUUAUUAUAUAUAAUAUAUAGUAUAUAGGAAUAAACAUUUCAAUUGACAUCUUAUCUUUUAGCUGCAGACAUGUCCACUGUCUAAUAAAAGUUCUCUCUUUGAA